AAGGUCAGUAUUUAAAAAGUGCGAGGUCAUUACGGUUCACCACAUAGACAGACAAGUUGUUUUUUUACAUCUGUACCUGCUGCUGCUGGCGAUGGAAUCUUAGUGACUGUUAACCCAUCGUAUCUUAAAUUUCAAUGAAUUGACUGACCAAGAAGACUGCCGCAAAACCAGAAAAUAUGACCAUGUUGAGUGUGGACGCCCAAAUCCGGUACUUGUUGCAAUGGUUCCAUGAAUGGAGCGAGCUUCAAAGAUCCGAUUUUUUGCCCAUUAUGGCUGAAAAAUAUGCGAAUAAGGCCUAUGUAAACGGCAUCGUCAAUAGUAUAUCAAACGUGAACUGCAGAGAUAAGCCCAUGUCUCUGUUUGAGUGCCGGAUAAAGCUCUUCAAAGAAUGGUUUACACAGUGGAAUAUGGAACAAAAAGACUCAUUCUUAAAACAAAUAUCUGAGAUUGAUUCAAGUUUUGCAGCAAAACUUAAUGAAGAAUUAGAAAACUCUGUUCCAAACAAUGUCAAUUAUGAAAAUUUAAAUGGUGAGGCUGUUCUAGAAGACUAAUUAAGUUUUGCAAUAUGUUCAUUCUUGUAAAGUAAGUCAAUUCAUUAAGACUAUUAUUUUACAACGAAAUUAAUUUUAAGCAAAUCCUCUUUGUAUAAUAGAUUUAUUACAAUCUAAACAAAUACCGGCAUCUAAUGUGGUAGUUAAUUAAUUUUCAGUUGAAUCUCCAUUAAUAUUAAUGCAUUCUUUUUGGAUUGUUAUUUAAGUAAAUAGUAUUUAAUGUGAUAUUUUAAAUAUUAUUUUUUAUUAGUUAGUUUUUUUUAUUUAUACUGAGUUUAAUUAAUGUAAUAAAGUGUUAAUAUGAAUAAAUUAUGUUUUUAA